AUGCUUUCUAUUCUCUCCUUGAAGCAACUUGUGCUGGGCACAACUCUCCUCCCAGCUUUGGUUCACACUUCUCCUGUUCCCCAACCCGACAGAAUAACCGUUCAGGCCUCCUUGCAGACGAUUGCACCCAAUAUUAUACAACAUGGGCCCCUCGAUGACGCCGCUCUGGCACGUCUGCAAGAUUCAUUGACCGCAUCCAAUCGACCUACGCCGUCAUCGAAACCAAGUAGAGCCAAGAGGCAAGCGGCGUCAUCGGCGACUGGAAACACGCUCACCAUAGCUACGAGUGACGCGUUUGUGUCUGUUGAUGUUGGCGACAUUAACCUCAUCGACAACAACCCUGCAGACUUUCAUUUUGAGACCCUGAACGGUCCUCUGCAGGCGUUGCAGGUGUUCAUGGGCGCCGCCAACAUUCGCGCCAUGAACAUUACAGCCUCUGGAGGCAAUACGACUUCAAUCACAAGUAAGCUAGAUGGCAACACAGAUGCCGGCACCUUCACCUUCGAGAACAAUGAGCGCAUCAAAGAAUUUUGGAUUAUGGAGCAAACUGGGACCUUCUUGGGCUUCAAUUUCACUACCGAAACUGGCAAAACCUACUCCGCUAUGGCCCAGACUCUCCGUGACCCGCCACCGAUGACCAAAGUUCCAGUUGGGUCUGGCAUCCUUGGUCGCAUCCGCGUCCAGUGGUGCGAUGUCGGGCUUAUUGGCCACGUCGGAUGGGAUUUCAUCGACGAUCUGCAGUCAGUCAGCAUCAGCAACAUGGCCUAUUCUGGCUUCACCGACAACAUCAUGCCCUCCGGACCCGGCACGACCGUCACCGUCGGUUCUCAGAUCCUCGACAACCGCAACUCCAGCACAGAGCAGAUGAUCACUAUUAUGACCAUGGAUGCGGUCACAAAGUCUCACACAGUCAGCGUUGCGAAUAUGUGGACUGUCGGCGGCAAAAUCGGAGUCGAGACCGAGGCCGGCAUUCCCUUCAUUGGAAAGUCCAAGGUGUCCACUGAGUUCAACUGGCAGGUUGGGAAGACCACAACUGAGGAGGACACCCAGUCUGAAACGUUGACCAAGUCUUCCACUGUCAAUCUCAAGUGCCCUGCCAAGAAGUACUGCGUCGGCUCUUCCUUCUAUACCAGCUUCAAAAUGGACGUGGACGUCACGGCCACCUUCCGCGCGAAAACGAAGACUGGCAAGGACUUCUUCUGGGAACAAAAGGGCAAGUACUCUGGGGCGGACUCUCUUGCGCUGCAGCUGCAAGUAGAUGAGGCCGACGGUGUUAUCAAGCGCUCGGCCGCAACGAUCAAGGCGUUUUGA